CGGGACCCAUAACUACGUAAACACGUAAUGGCUUCCCUGGUUACUGCUAGUUUUUAACAAAUAAUAUAUGGAUAUUGAUAUUUAAUAAUGAUUGUUAUAACGCUAUUGCCUCGACCACGACCUUAGAAUCGAUAUUGUUUCAGAGGUAAUCAUUGAACAACUCUAAGAAUGCCUCUUGCACAAACUAGACUUGAGACCUUACAGGUCUGUAAACUGUUGCAAUGUGUCCGAGACAAAGACAAAAGCCAGAUCGAGAAGAUGUCCCUGCAAGGGGUCCCUCAUUUGAUAAACUACAAUGAUGCUAAUGAGGGACACACAGCGCUGUCUGUAGCUGCGAAGGCCAAUGAUGAUGAUAUGAUUGAGUUCCUGCUCGGGCUCGGUGCUCAUCCAGAUGUCGUGGAUUUCAAAGGGCGGUCGGCUGCAAUGAGAGCAGCAGAGUAUGGACAUGUAGAUUGCCUUGCAAAGCUCGCUGAGAAAGGAGCCAACAUGAAACUAGCAGACAGAGAGGGCAAAGGUAUCCUCUUCUAUUGCAUUUCACCUACCCAACGUCAUGCUAAAUGUCUAGAAAUUGCUGUUGUGAAUGGAGCUGAGGUCAACAAUAUGGACAAACAGGGUAUUCCAGUGUUGUUACACGCUUGUGAAACAGCCAUGGACAAUGAAGAGAUGUGCUUACUUCUAAUUCAGAAAGGUGCAGAACCAAAUUCAAAACAAGAGAUUGAUAUAGAGACAACAAAAUUACCUCCUAGAAAGUUAUUGAAAGAGAAGAAAACUGGCAAGACGGCGCUGAUGGCUGCUGCUGCUACUGGUAGCAUGAAGGUAGUGCGGGCGCUGCUGCAGAAUGGUGCUGAUGUCAACGCAAUGGACCUGCGGCACAACCACGCCGCACACUUUGCAGCAGCAAGUGGCCAUUUACAAGUGCUGGCCUGCAUGGCAGGGUUUGGUGCGCUGUUUGACCAGGUGAAUGCUGAUGGUAACACUCCACUGCACAAUGCUGCAGCCGGGGGACAUGGGAUGUGUCUGAAGUUCCUAGCACAAAGAGGAUGCAAUCCAAAACCAAAGAACAAUGAAGGCAACACUGCCAGGACGAUUGCCAAAGAUAUGGGACAUAAGGAGGCCAUGAAAGAGGCCAGGAAAGCGGAGAAAACCUUUGGAAAAGUUGGCAAGAAUAACGAGCCUUAUGCCAUUGCUUUGUAUGACUUUAUUUUUGAGAGGCAAGAAAUGAUAAAGAAUGAGUUUCAGAAGUAUUAUGACCCAGACGAAGAGGGCACAGUGAGUAAAAGUGAGUUUGUGGACAUGCUGCUGGGAAAGAGUCCACCAGUGAGUGAAGAAGAGCUCAGAAGAGUGCAGGGGGCGCAUGACAAAGGUGGAAAAAUUGAUUAUAACGAAUUUAUACUCGGUAAAAAGUACGUGAACAAGAACUAUUUAAUGAGUGCAUUCGAGCCUAAAAAAAAGAAAGGGAAAAAGGGAAAGAAAGGUCGGGGGAAGAAGGGAAAGUUUAAGUUGGUGAUGCCAAUCUGUACAUCCGAAGAGGGACCGAGAACUUACGGGGGUGGUCCACCGCAGAUGUUUAUUGAGCGUCACAUUCAUUUCACUGACACGGGUCGAUUUGAUCGUGACCGCCCGCCGAAACAUCCACUUCAAGACGAUUCUGCUUGGUAUCUUCAGCAUCCGGAGAAAACAUACUUGAAUAUUAAUGAUGCUGCACGUAGCGGGGAUUUUGAUUCGCUGAAGAACGCCUUUCACAGAGGGAUUUCUGCAGACACAAGAGACAAGUAUUUUAAGACGCCACUUAUGGUAGCGGCUGCUGCUGGCAAUUUGGCCAUGGUGAACUUUCUCCUUGAAAAUGGUGCGACAGUGAAUGCGAGGGACAACUUCAAAUGGACUCCGCUGCACCACGCAUGUCAUGCUGGCCAACUGGACAUUGUGCAGACGCUGCUUGACAAAGGGGCAGAGCUGGAGGCGACAGCACUUAGCGGUGGCACGCCCCUGACACGCGCCAUCGAGUCCUCGAGGGAGCAGGUCGUGGAUUUUCUCAUUACCAAGGGAGCAAAGCUGCAGAUUGAGAACAAGAAAGGUCAAACUCCCAUGGACAUUGCCCAGUCCUGGGCGGAUCCACGGGUCCUGUACUGCGUGCAGACCAAGUGGGACACCCUACCGCCUGUGGGAGGGGGCAAGGGAGGUAAAGGCAAAGGGGGUAAGGGAGGGGGCAAGGCGACAGCUAAAGGGCGCCCCCAGUCCGUACCCCUUGAUGACGGUGAUCAAAAGCCUCCUGGCACAGCUAGGGAAAUGUCCCACAGUGCCCGUCAUGCUUUCGACGAAGGUCAGCCACGUCAGAGGAAAGGUUCGAUUUUACGAGCAGCAUCAGCGCUGGCGGGCGGAAUUGAUGAGCAAGAAAACAUCACAUACACGCCUCUGAAAGCGUGGACCAAACAGCCGACCACUGGAGAACUCAUAACGGAGAAAGUCGUCAAGCGCGAUCGAUUUGGUUGGGAAGUUGACUUUGAAGACUUUGAAAUGCCUUUUAAGAAAAAUGUUUCAAAGAAAAUUGAAGAAAUGGGCGGCCUCGAGGAUGACUGAGGUGUACAGUGUGGUUGUCUUGGUGUUUGAUUUGUGAGCAACCUUUUUUCGAUGAUUGCUUGGAAACACUGAUGAAAUUUUUUGGCCUUACAGAUUGACCUCAUAUGAAUCACAACUCAUGGGGAAAAUGUCAGUGAUUAGGUGUGCCUGAUGUGCUUGUCCAUGGCUGAUUGGUCACAUUUCCAUUCUCCGUUAUCUAUUUCAUAGAGAGAUUGUAUUUUGAAAUUUCAAAUAGGUAUUGUUCUUUUCUUGUGUUUCAAAACUUAUUUAUAACAACUAAUUUUUUGUACAAAUUUUAUCACUUAUUAUUCACUUCCUGUGAAAUAUGUGCACUCUUUAAUGUUUCAUGCAUUUUUUUACAAAAAAGAAUUUGAUUAACAUUUUUAACAAUCUUCAAUAAUUUACUAUUCUUUUUAAGUGUCUUAUCUCUUGUUUCAUCUUUGAAAUAUGAAUUUGUGGUAUUACAAGUUUUUAUGUCACAAUUUCAUUUUAAUUUCUUUUUCUGUAUAAAAUGUGUAUAGCAUGUGCCUAGAAAUAUAUGGUCUGUGAUAUUUCCUGCAUUUGAUGUUAUUUGGAGGAAUUGAAAUGCUGCUGUUGUUGUAUUUAGAUAAUGUUUAUGAUUAUAUUUUACACAUGUACACACAUUUUAAUGCGACAAAAUAAAAUCUACAUUUAAGAUA